AUGGCCUCCAGCAGCAGCAGCAGCAGCACGACAUCGACGGCAGCGCUCCGUGCGCAAGUUCGCCCCCACCCCACUCUUCCCGGCGAGGUCGAGUUUGUGUCCAAGGAUGCCCUCCUCUCGUUCGACCAAGGCUUCUUCGUGGCGGUCAAGGGCAUUCAGUUGCUCCGCCAGCACAACCGCCGCACCACCAUUGUUUCCAUCGCCGGGCCAUCGGGUGCGGGCAAGACCAGCAUCGCCAAGAAGAUAGCGGAGGUCAUCCCCAAGAGCCUGGUGGUGUCGCUGGACAACUACCUCGAUGGCUCACGCGUGGUGGAGGAGAACUACGACGACUACCGCCUGGUCGACUUUGAGCUGCUCGGGACGCCCCUCAUACGCCCCCACGCCCGCACGGGCUGGACCGUCGAGCUCGGAUCCGGCACCGACUCAGAGGGGUGGGAGUAUUCGUUCACGUGGGGCGACAUGUUCGCGUGGCAGCCCAAGUCUUCCAAGAAGACCUUGGUGCGUCGGCGCAAGUGGGUCAAGACCACAGCCGUGGAGGACGUCACGACCGCCAUGACGCAGCUUUCCACCGUUGCGGGCAUGUCCCUCCGCAGCCACACCAAGCCCUCCGCGUAG